AUCACUUCCGAUCAGGGUGGAGAAUUCCACAAUGAUCUAGAUGAUCGACUAAUGGAAAUGUUGGGUAUUCAACAUCGGCUUUCUACUCCUUACCACCCGCAGGUAUAAUUAUGAUAUAAUUUUAUACAUAGACAUUGUUUACUAAUCGCUGCAGGCAAAUGGACUUGUUGAGCGGUUCAACCAAACAAUCCAAACCAUGCUCGUUAAGUUUGUCGAUACGAAGAAGGACAGUUGGCAGGACUAUCUUGAGUCGUGUGUAUAUGCCUACAACACAUCGAAGCAUGAAUCCACCAAGCAUUCUCCUUUUGAGGUUAUGUUCUCCCGUAAGGGUGUGUUACCGGUGGACAUGAUUAAUGUUCCAAACUGCUCUGACGAAUUGCAGCUUUCUUACAGUGAAGAUAUAUCUUUUUUUCAGUCUGAGCAUGCUGAACAUCGAAGGAUACAACUGGAAGCAGUAAAAAAGAACAUUCUCAAAGCUCAAGCCAAGCAAAAGGAACAAUAUGACAGAAAGCAUCACAAGCCCGAAGUUUUCCAAGUAGGCUCUAUUGUCUUGAAGAAAGAUUUUCUAAAAAAAAAGCGAGUCCAUGGCAAGUUGGAUCCUAAAUGGGUUGGUCCUUACAAAAUAAUCAGAUCGAUUGGCAGAGGACUGUAUGGAUUAGAACUUGUCGAAGACCCAACGAAGGUUGUGAGUCGAGUGAAUGGUGUCCACCUCAAGCCAUACCACAUUCCUGAGAAUCAAGCUCUAGAUUCAAGCUCCCCUAAGACCAUCUCAAACAACGAGACACCACUAGACCUCACCGCACCCUUGUCAAGUCAGUCUCUUGCUAGCGCUGUGAGCAAUGAAUUAAACACAACAAGUGUCCAUGUUUCUGGAGUUACUUCAAGUACCCCAGUUAGAGAAGGAGGUUUUUUUGUUGACUUUAGCCUUGACGUGUCAGCAAUUACAAACUCACCUCCUCCUGCUAUUGCCAACUCCCCCACUUCUGCUACUGAAAACUCAACCAUCCCCUCAGCUGCAAACUCUACGGCAAAUUACAUACCCAAUCCUGCAAUUGGCAACUCACCCCCUCCUGCUAUUGCCAACUCCCCCACUUCUGCUACUGAAAACUCAACAAUCCUCCCUCAUGAUACUGCAACCUCACCCCCUCCUGCUAUUGCCAACUCACUCACUUCUGCUAACUCACCUACCCCUGCCAUUUAUUGUUUGUGCCGACAGAGAUGUGCUACAAAACGUUGUCCAUGCAAGGGAAACAGAAUUCCAUGUGGGUUGAAUUGCCACCCAGGAAGAAGUUGCGCGAACAAUGUCCGGAUAAACACUGGAAAUCCUCUAUACUUAUCGAUCUUACUUGCAACAAUGUAGAUGAUGGCGCUCAACUUGUGGAGUAUUGGGCGACAAUUGGUGAUGUAAGAAUGACCAGUGGGGACAAGGCAGAUCUCGGCCCUCGAUCUCACAGCUGGCUUAAUGACAGACACAUGACAGCUGCUCAGAUUCUUCUCAAAUGUGCUCAUUCUGAUGUCGCUGGUCUACAGGCACCAACACUACAGUGUACACGCACCUCUUUGAGGUCCAUCAAGAGAGACAGUUCGUCCAAAUCCUUAACUUAUCAAAAAGUCACUGGAUAACUAUUUCUACUUUGAAUUGCCAACCUGGCACCGUCCAUGUCUACGACAGUAUGCAGCUUGGAUUGAACUCUUCGUUGAAACGCAUAGUUGCUGACCUUAUGUUCUACAAAGGAAAGAAAAUUACUAUUAAAUAUAUGCAUAUUCAACAACAGAAG